AGGAAGGAAGGAAGGAAGGAAGGAAGGAAGGAAGGAAGAGACAGCAGAGUAUUUAAAUGAACUAUUCAAGGAAAACUCUUUGCUAAACCUUUGGCAAAAAUUGGGUGAACAAAACAAAAUCAAUCAAGAAAAAGUUUCCUUGGAGUAGCAUCUUUCUGAGUUUUUGAACUCUGCCACAGAUCUUUAGAAUAGCAGUAGUUUGGCAUCAUUCUCCCAAAUUUCCCCAUUUUUAAUGGAAAGUUACGUUAGCAGCAGAAAUUGUCCAAGAAGAACUGAAGCAGACUGAAGCAGUUAGAAUGAUCAAGAGCGCAUAUUGAAAAUCCCAUUGCCAAGGCUGAUUUGUUUCACAAGCCAGAAAACAAUUUUACAGUGGAUGACGAAGCAGAUACAAUGUCCUGUCAUAGGAGAGUUCAGCAGUUCUGGAAAAAAAUGGGCAGAUGGUCCUCUGACAAGAAUUUGGACUUAAACAAUUGUGCAUUGAAUGCUGUGGACAUAAUGGAGCUGACUACUGUGAUAUCACUGCUGCCAGACUUGGAGGAGAUUGAUCUUUCCUGGAAUGAUUCCAUAGGAGGAGCCCUAGAACCUCUGGCCCUUCAGUUUAAACAUCUGCAAGAGCUGAAAGUCCUCCAGCUGAACAGCUGCAGACUCACAACCAAGGAUGUUGCAUGUUUAGGAGAAGCCCUUGAAGGAAUUCCUCACCUUGAAAUACUGGAUUUAUCAUGGAAUACUGGCAUUGGUGGAACCCUUUCUCUUCUAACCUCCAAAAUCCUCAAAGGCUCUAAGCUCCAAACAUUAAAAGUAACAGAUUGUGGUCUUACUCCUGAAGAUGGAAAAUCAGUAGCUCAGCUUCUAAGUAGGAUCUACUGCCUCAAAAUUCUGGACUUGUCAAUCAACAGAAAGUUGGGAUAUAGCCUCAAAAAUAUUGCUCAGGAAUUACAGUUUGUCUCAGGCUUGCAAGUAUUAAAUCUGAACACAUGUGGAUUAGAACAAGAUGGCUUCCAGUCCUUAGAUACUGCUUUCCAAUAUCUAUCGGAAUUGAGAACGUUAGAUGUAUCAUGCAAUAAACUGAUUGGAGGAGUUUUCCAGUGUUUGGCUGGUCAUUUGGCCAGUUUAAGUAACCUUGAAAUCCUGAAUCUUCACCAGUGCUGUAUUACAGAAGAGGACAUGGUGGUUUUAUCCCAGAUAAUACCUCUUUUGUCAAAUCUUCAGGAGCUUAAUUUAUCCUCAAAUACAAGUGUAGGGAUAUCUACCUAUCACCUUCUUAGCAGACUCCGAUUUUUACCAAAACUGACAUCUGUGCUCCUCAACAAUUGUGCCUUGCAACAUGAUUCAUUCGUGUUUCUAGCUGAGGCUGCCUCUCAUCUUCCUGAACUGAAGAUACUAGACCUUUCUUCAAAUAAAUGUGUUGGUGGGAACUUAAAGCUGAUUCUGAAAGCAUUACACCUUGAUUCCAAGAUCCAAGAGUUAAGACUGAGCAGCUGCAGCUUGGUGGAUGAAGAUCUGGUUGAUUUGGCUUUGAUCAUCCAGGCUGGGCACCUGGCUCAGCUAAAGCACCUGGACUUCAGCUACAAUAACAGUAUCUCAGACCAAGGAUGGGAGACCUUCUGUGGAAGCACACCUGCUCUUGGGCAACUUUCUGAAUUAGAUAUUAGCCGUCGGCCUUCGUCACGCUGCAGCUGUGGGGAAUGGCUUGGGAAGCUGUUGAGUGCCCUGUCACAGCUGCUUCUGUUCACAGACCUGGAACUAAAUGGUUGGCUUUUUUCUGUAGCUCAGCAAAAGCUACUUGAAGAUUUCAGAGGGAAUAAGAAACGAAAUGUCCGUUUCAACCUUUGAUAUGGAACCUAAAAUUUUGGACUAGCAUACUAAUGGUUAGCUGGUGGCUUGAUACCUGGUUUCUCCAAAUUUGCCUAACAUGCUACAGCAAAAGGUUGGCGAGGGGAAGGGGAGAACUACAUCUAAUAUCUAGUCCCCCCUUAUUGAUCGGUGGAUAUCCAAUUCAACCUCUCUUUUGGCCUUUCAUCCCGACAGCAUAAAAUGUUCUGUGAGCAGUAAAAAAUAUUUACUUUAGAGAUAAGAUAAAAAGGGAUUUAAAAAAAAAAAUACUCAAUUGUUUGUGUUUAUUCCUCUUGUUCUUUUCCUUUCAGGCUUUCCAAAGGCCCUGUGCAGUCUCAAGAAAUGGAAUAACUAUUA